GUUGCCUUGUGUGCUGUAGCAAUCAACAGGACUGCAAAGGAGGCGUGGAGGAGAACCCAGCAGUCUUCUGCAACCAUCACAGGCAGCAGAACCACAUGCUCCAUGAAGGAGAAGCGUCAUGGGAGGAGGAGGAGCUGCUGGAGGAGGUGAGCAGGGGGCUGAUCGACCGGGAGGAGCAGCUCUUUAGUCGAGGUUUGUCCAGUGAGGACGAGGAACAGCUUCAGAAGGACUUUAACUCUCUGAAAAAGCAGCUAUGUUUGGUUGUGGAGAACAUCUUCACCUCCUCCUCCUCACGACAGCUGGACACUCUUCGGAGUGCAGUGGUCUCCAUCCAGCAGCAGGAGGCGCAGGACCAGCGCUGGGCAGGUCGGCCCGAUGACAGGCGGCCAACAUGGCGUCCUCUAAAGUGUGUGAGCUCCCACAAUGCUCUGCUGCAGAGUAUAGUUGAGUCCAGACUGAGGGAGGCAGCAGAGGACGAGUCCAGUGGAGGUGGUGAACUGUCCUCAGCUGUGAAAAGACAGGUGUAUCGUAUGGGGAGACGUGUGGAGGACGAUCUGCUGCUGGUGGUGAGGACAGUGCAGGACUGUUACCCUUCUGAAAUGGACAUCCUGAACAUCUGUGCUCGACUCUACCAUCAGUGGUUUUCUGCUCAGCUGAUGGAGAUCGUUGCUUCUGGACUUAAUGUGGACGACUGCAGCUACGUGCUCUUCAUGGUCAACCAUCACUAUCCAGAUUCUUUAUUAAAACACACUGAGCUGCAUGGAAAGAUGAACAGCAGCUGUGUGAGUUCUCUGCUGCUGCAGGACCAUCUGCAGCAGCUGGAGGACCAGUACCUGUCCUACAAAGAGGACAAAGUGAAGAUUUGGCUGAACAAGAUUUUAAAGACAGAAGAAGAGAGUUGGCUGAAAAACAAAGAACCAGAAAUCAUUGACUCGUACUUCUACAGUCCCCUGGCUGUGGACGCCAUACAGGUGAUUGACAGCUUUCUCACAGAGUUUGGUUGCGUGAUCCGAGACCAAAGCAAGACUCAGAGGAUCACAGCUCACCUGGAGAGUUUCCUCAGCAGUUAUGAGAAGAGUUUUGAGGCAUUUGUGCGCGGUGACCAUGGUAACCAUGGUAACGUGGCCUCUGUGGUCAAAGCUCAGCUGGUCUGUGAGCAGCAGCUCAGGGAUUACAUCACUGAGUCAACAGUGUGUGUAUGCGAGCAGCAAAGACGUCGCUGUCUGAACUCUCUGACUGCCCUGAGGGAUUAUGGGUACAGGUAUUUCACCUGUCCACUUCACGUCCACCUGAAGGUAUGUUACAGUAAGCUGUGGACACCUGUCUGGUUGGACGGGUCACUUGUUGUGGACUCUCUGCUGGACACUCUGAGUGACCAGCUGAUGGCGCUGACAGACCUAAAACCAGCGUGUAGAAAGUCCCUGCUGAGUGUCCUCCAUCAGGAUGUUGUCCUUCGGUACCUGAAAAGGGUGAUGAAGAUCACGAAGAAGAGCAGAGAGCAGCAGGUGGGUGGAGCCCAGCAGAUGAACGAGGACGCUCAAAAGAUCAACAAUUUCUUCGAAGAGAUGGGCUGUAGUGAAUCUUUAUGGCUCUGUGACGCCCUCUGCUGUGUUGCUGAAGUUCUGCGUCUGCAGGAUCCACACUCUGUUCACCUGGAGGUUAUCGCUUUGGCCCGAAAGUUCCCCGACCUCAGUGACGACCAUGUGUCAGCGCUGCUGUCGGUGAAAAACGGCCUAUCAGCUGGCAACAUCCGCUCUAUCCGCCGUUCCGUCAAGGAGAACCGCCCACCCACCAAUCACAGCCCUCCAUUUUUCUCUAGGAUCCAUCUGAAACAGAUCGAUAAGUUCAAACAUCAUGCUCGCAUGUUCGCCCGUUAGCCUGUUAGCAUGUCAACAUCUCAGUGAAGAGCAUGUGGAUUAUAAUUGUAUCAUUGUGAAUUAAAACAAAUACUUUGUG